CAAAAAGAAUAUUCAAACAUGUUCAAACAUCCUACCAACCUUGUUUUUCCUCUCUUCUUAUUAUUUAGUAGUUCCUUGGCCGCGGCAGAAAACACAACAAUCCCGAUAAAUGUGGGUGUGGUUCUUGACUUGGAAACCAGGUUAGGGAAAAUGGGGAUGAGCUGCAUCGACAUGGCCCUCUCAGACUUCUAUUCCUCUCACGGUUACUACAGCACUAGGCUGAUCCUACACACUAGAGACUCCAUGAGUGACGUUGUUGUUGCAGCAGCUGCAGCUUUAGACUUAAUAAACAACGUUGAAGUGCAAGCCAUCAUAGGGCUAGAAUCAUCAAUGCAAGCCAGCUUUGUAAUUAGUCUUGGAGAUAAAGCUCAGGUGCCCAUCAUCUCAUUUACAGCAACAAGCCCUUCCCUUGGGGGUUCAUAUUUAUUCCGAAUUGCACAAAACGACUCAUCUCAAGUUGAAGCCAUCAGCACCAUCAUCCAAGCCUUUGGUUGGAGUGAAGCAGUUCUCAUCACCAUUGACAGCGAGUUCGGGUCACCUUACCUCACUACUGCCUUGCAAGCCGUUGGUGUUCGUAUACCAUAUUGGAGUGUUAUUUCUCCAAUGGCCACUGAUGAUCAAAUAUUGGUAGAGCUUUACAAGUUGAUGACAAUGCGAACCAGGGUCUUCAUAGUGCAUAUCUUGCCUUUGCUUGGCUUUCGGUUUUUCGCCAAGGCAAAGGAGUUUGGCAUGAUGGAUGAAGGCUAUGUAUGGAUAGUGACAAGUGGGAUGACCAACGUUUUUAGUUCCUCAAAUUUUUCUGUCAUGGAUAAUAUGCAAGGGGUGUUGGGUUUAAAGAUUUACGUUCCAAACACAAAAGAACUUGAAAAUUUUAGAGCUCGAUGGCAAAGGAAAUUCCAGCAAGACAAUCCAACUAUCACAGAUGAUAAAUUGAAUGUUUUUGGACUGUGGGCUUAUGAUGCUGCUUGGGCACUAGCCAUGGCAGUUGAGAAGGUUGCGGGUACGAACUUCAGCUUCCAAAAGAUGAACAUUUCUCCUAAUUCAACUUAUUUGGGAAGAUUGGAGGUCUCUCAAAGUGGUCCUCAACUUGCCCGAGAAAUAUCGCGUACAAGAUUCAAAGGGCUUUCAGGAGAUUUUGGCCUUAUUAAAGGCCAAUUACAAUCAUCAACUUUUCAGGUAAUUAAUAUGAACGACAAUGGGGAAAGAGGAGUUGGAUUUUGGACACCCCAAAAUGGACUUGUAAGAAAAUUAAAUUGGAACAACACAAGCACAUAUUCUACUUCUAAUGCCAAUCUUGGACCUAUUAUAUGGCCGGGAGAGACCAUGUCCACUCCGAAAGGUUGGGAGAUUCCUACUGGAAAUAUUUUAAGAGUCAUAGUGCCGGUGAACAUGGGAUUCAAAGAAUUAGUGAAUGUGACAUAUGAUCCUAGCAAUCACAUAACCAGUGUCACUGGUGGAUACUGCAUAGAUGUCUUUCAAGCUGUAAUAAGCGCACUACCAUAUCCUGUUCUUUACGAGUAUAUUCCCUUUGCAAUGCCUAAUGGAGAGAGCGCUGGCACUUACAAUGAGUUGGUAAAUCAAGUGUUUCUCGGGAAAUUUGAUGUUGCAGUUGGAGAUAUAAGUAUUAGAGCAAACAGAUCCUUGUAUGUUGACUUUACAUUGCCAUACACAGAUUCUGGGAUAUCAAUGAUUGUGCCUAUCAAAGACAACAAUAAUCCUAGAAACACAUGGGUGUUCUUGAAGCCUUUGACCUGGGACCUUUGGGUUACAAGCGGUUGUUUUUUCAUAUUCAUUGGUUUUGUGGUCUGGGUUCUUGAACAUCGGAUUAACGAAGACUUUCGCGGCCCUCCGCAUCACCAAAUUGGUACAAGUUUGUGGUUCUCCUUCUCAACCAUGGUUUUCGCACACCGGGAGAGAGUAGUAAGCAACUUGGCUAGGUUUGUAGUGAUGAUAUGGUGCUUUGUUGUCCUCAUACUGACUCAAAGUUAUACUGCCAGUUUAACAUCAUUUUUAACAGUCCAACAGCUCCAACCAACCGUCACCGAUGUAAACCUGCUCAUGAAGAAUGGAGACAAUGUUGGCUACCAAGUAAACUCUUUUGUUUAUGAGAUCUUGAAACAAGUAGGAUUUCAGGAGGACAAAUUGAAGGCCUUUAAUUCGACACAAUACUUGAACCAACUUUUUCAAGACGGGAAUGAAAAUCAUGGCAUUUCAGCUGCUUUUGGUGAAACUCCUUAUAUGAAACUUUUUCAUGCAACUUACUGCUCAAAUUAUAGCAUGGUUGAGCCACCAGUUAAAGCUGACGGUUUUGCCUUUGUCUUCCAAAAAGGUUCACUUCUCACACGCGACGUUUCGAGGGCAAUCACUCUUGUACGUGAGGGAGAUGUCAUGAGGCACAUCGAGGACAAGUGGUUCAACAAAAAUGCAAGCUGUUCAGCAAACCUCAACACCGCGGCAGCCUUCACCAACAGUCUGACUCUUGGCCUUUACAGCUUUUGGGGCCUCUUCCUCAUUGCUGGGGUUGCUUCUUCGUUAGCUCUCGUCAUUUUUGUAGCGAUGUUCCUCUAUGAGAAUAUGCACACCUUGACAAGCUUUGAUUCAAAAGCCUCAUUAUGGAGAAGGAUUCUUGCGGUAUCAAGAGUAUUUGACCAAAAGGACCUCAAUACGCAUACUUUUAAGAAGAGCACACUGCAAGAGGCUGUUGUUCAUGGCAUAGGUGCGGUUGAAUCGUCACCGAACAUCAACUAUCCUCUAAGGUCAUCAAGCAAUUCAAUGUCAAACCCCACUGAAUCACACAUUGUUCUUGAAGAGCUGCGAACGCCUUCUACCGAGCGUGGCGAUCUGAAUCUCAAUGGUCAAGCAACCCAAGACGCUGAAUAUUCUAUUGAGUUGGCUUCCCCAAGUGAAAAAGGGACAUAUAACUAGUAAAAUAUAUUGCCCAAGAAAGCUAUUGAUUUGGACUAGAUGUAAAAUAUAACGGAUGGGUAGGCCUCUUUGACAUAUUCUGUUGUCAUAAUGUGUACUGUUCCCAUGUUUUUUUGUUUUAUGGCUAGUGUACAUGUACAUGUUAUACAUCACUCAAUAUCUUUCUAUCAGAAA